AUGAAAGCAGUAGAUACGAUACUCUUCGAUAUAUCUAAGAAUGAACUAUUUAAAAUUAAUGAGAAUUUUAAGAUGUUGCAUCGAAAACUGAAAACUGCUUGGAAAGUUAUGAUUAAUCGGGAAGAAAUAUCUCCUAAUAUUCUGCAAGAUGUUAAGAUUUUGGUGAUACCCGGACCCCAGAACGUGUUCACAGAUGAUGAAUUAUCAGUUCUAAAAACGAUGGUUGAGAGGGGAGACUCGGUGUUGGUAAUGAUGACGGAUGGUGGAGAGGAAAGAAUGAACACUAAUAUCAAUUUUUUUCUUGAAGAAUAUGGAAUUGUUGUCAAUAACGAUUGCGUCGUCCGAGCAAAAUAUCACAAAUUCUAUCAUCCGAAAGAAUGUCACAUUUCUAACGGAAUUUUAAACAGAGCUGUACAAAAGUACAUAAUGAAGAUGCCCAAUUAUAGCAGUGAGUCGGACGAUUUCUUAGAAGACCCACCGACGCCAAACUUUGUAUAUCCAUACGGAGCGACACUGACUGUAAAGAAACCAGCGGCAGCCAUCUUGUCCAGCAGUGACGUCUGCUACCCUCUAAAGAGGCCGGUCGCUGCUAUGUAUACGUCGGAGAAAAGUGGAGGAAAACUCUUUGUCAUCGGCUCUGGUCAUUUCUUCACCGACCAGUAUCUGGAGAGCGAGUGCAACGACCUCAUUCGAGAGCUGAUCUUCAACCACCUGGGAGGAGUCACUGACUUACAUUUGAAUCCCAUCGAUGUGGAAGAUCCUGACAUAAACGAAUACCGAACUCUUGGCGAUACACUCUGGUUGAGUUCUAUCCUUCUCCCCGAGCCAGCGAGUGCUCCGCCGCCAAGACUAGCGCCUUUACACCCUCACGCGCUCUUCACUUGGAGACUUUUCUCGUUAAAUUUAUCACGCCUACCUGAAGUACUAGGACUGUACGAAGAAUUAGGAGUCAAGCAUGAACCGUUACGACUAAUAGCACCACAGUUUGAAACACCAUUUCCACCGCUACAAUUGGCGGUAUUUUCACCAACGUUCAGAGAACCUCCUCCUCCUCCGCUGGAACUCUUCGAUCUUGAUGAAGCCUUCAGUUCGGAACGAUCGCAGCUCGCUAGACUUGCAAAUAAAUGUCUACAACCACACAAUGUAAGGAUGGGUCAAGGUGACAGUCGACAGUUGGACAACGAAUUGGAAUAUUUUGUACGUGAAUGCGGUCGAGCAGUUCGUCUCUCUCGAGCGAUAUCCUCUGAUGAUACUCCAGCCGGGAAGCAAAUCCUGCACCAACUUGCUGUACAGCUUGCGACUUUUAAGAAAAUUGCACCAAGAGAUUAG